AUGGCUAAAUCGGCCCUUGAGACUUACGGCCAUGAUCUCGUGGAAAAAGCAGAGAAACAAACACUCGAUCCAAUCUUCGGCCGCCACAAAGAAAUCUGCCGUCUCCUAACCAUCCUCUGCCGCAAAACCAAAUGCAACCCCAUUCUAAUAGGCGAACCCGGCGUCGGAAAAACAGCUAUCGUUGAAGCACUCGCACAGAAAUUCGCCGCCGGAAAUGUCCCGGCCAAGCUCUCCGGCGCAAGGAUCGUGGAACUGGACAUGGGAGCCAUAAUGGCCGGAACAAUUUGGAGGGGGCAAUUGGAAGAGAGAUUGAAGGAUGUGAUGACGGAAGUGAAAGGAUCGGAAGGAAAAGUGAUAGUGUUUAUAGACGAAAUUCAUAUGUUGGUCCGAAGUGAUCAUCAGGGAACCGCAGCGGAGAUUCUGAAACCGGCGCUGGGAAGAGGGGGUUUCCGGUGCAUCGGAGCGACGACGUUGAAGGAGUACAAAAGGUAUAUUGAGAAAGACGGAGCAUUGGCGAGGAGAUUUAAACAAGUUUAUGUGAAUGAACCAAGUGUUGAAGAUUCGAUUAACAUUCUCAGAGUUUUGAAGGAGAGAUAUGAAAAACAUCACGUUCUUAUAAUUAAAGAUUCUGCUCUUAUUGCUGCUGCAAAAUUGUCACAUCGCUACAUCACAGGGCGACGACUUCCAGACAAAGCAAUCGAUUUAGUCGACGAAGCAAGUGCAUGCAUGAGAGUUCAACUCGAUACUCAAUCUGAAGAACUUGACGAACUUCAAAAUGAAAAGUCCAAGCUUGAAGCUGAAGUGAAUGCACUUGAGAAAGAGGAAGACAAAGCAAGCCAAGCUCGACUUCCACAAGCAAAAAAGGAGCUGAAUGACGUGAACAACCAGCUGCAGCCAUUGUUAUCAAAAUACCAAAAACAGAAAUCCGAAAUGGAAAAACUCACUAAAUUGAAGCAAAAGAAACAAGAAAUAUUAGUCGAGAUACAAGCCGCCCAAAAACGUCAAGAUUUAAUCAGAGCCGCGGAUCUCCGACGCCAGAAAUUAGAUGAUGUAGAAUUAAAAAUCGGUGAUGUGGAAAGAAGGAUAAGAAAACACGGCUUUAUAGAGAAGGACACGGUCGGACCAGAGGAAAUAGCGGACGAGGUGAGCCGGUGGACUGGGGUGCCAGUUUCGAGGCUAACCGGGGAAGAGAAAGAGUGGGUUAUGGGUUUGGCGGGGCGGUUGAAGAAAAGAGUGGUUGGACAAAAUGAGGCAGUUGAUUCGGUUGCUGAAGCAGUGAUGAGGUUCAGAGCUGGGCUCGCUUUACCGAACCAACCUAAUGGUUCGUUUUUGUUUUUGGGUCCGUCAGGGGUUGGGAAGACGGAGCUUGCAAAGGGUUUGGCUCAUGAGCUAUUUAACGACGAGAAUCGUAUGGUUCGGAUUGACAUGUCCGAGUACAUGGAGAAACACUCUGUUUCAAGGCUUAUUGGUUCUCCACCUGGGUAUGUAUGGUAUGUUGGAUACCAUGAAGGUGGGCAACUAACUGAACCAGUGAAGAGGCGUCCCUACUGUGUAGUUCUAUUGGAUGAAGUUGAAAAGGCUCAUGUGGAUGUCUUGAAUAUUCUGCUUCAAGUUUUGGAUGAUGGACGGUUGACGGACGGGCAGGGUUCAACGGUGGACUUCAGAAACACAGUGAUUAUCAUGACUUCUAAUCUCGGCGCCGGUCAUCUUUUUUCUGAAAAGUACUGCCCCAUGCAAGUUGCUCGUGAAAGGGUUAUCCAAAAGGUGAAAGAACAUUUCAAGCCGGAGUUUGUGAACCGGCUAGACGAAAUUCUGAUUUUCCGGCCACUUUCUAAAAUUCAACAAAGGAGAGUCACUAAAUCAAUGAUGAAAGACGUUGCUCGCCGUCUUUCCGAAAAAGGCAUUGCCAUGGCUGUGACUAAAUCCGCUCUUGACUUCGUUCUUGAUCAAAGCUUCGAUCCGGUUUACGGUGCUAGGCCGAUUAGGCGUUGGUUGGAGAAGAAAGUUGUGACGAAUAUUUCGAAGAUGCUAAUGAAAGAAGAGAUCGGUGAGGAGUACACAGUGUAUGUCGAUGCCAACGAUGAUGGAAAAGAUUUGAAGUAUAAUGUGGAGAAAAAUAAUGGUCUCAUUGAUGGAAUCAGUGACGGGAGAUAUGAAAUCUUGAUUCAAAUUCCAACUAUGGAGAAAAAUAAUGACGAUGAAAGUGAAGAAGCGGAAGGAGGAACCGAAGAGGAGGAUGUGGAAACCACGAGUGUUGAUAGUGAUUAG